UCGAGCGCUGACACGAAUGUCCCACAGUCUGAAUGGUUUUGCAAACUACGACACUGCGAAUGGCAAAAUGUCUUCCAGGGAGCUGUAGUUUCUUAAUGAGGGAAGUAAAGUUCCUUCUCUGAGUGUGGUAAUUGGAUGUAUCGACCGUCGCAGCACAGUGUGUGUGGAGCCUGACAUUCCUCGCAGGGCUGUGUGCGAUCGUCCCUCCGCUUUUCUGAGCAUUAUCACUGCGCCUGCUUCAUCGGCAAGCGUGUGUUUGGACAUCUAACCCCCCUCCGACCCCCCACCCCCCCACUUCCUGAGGCCUGUCGCCACGACAACCAUGGACUGCGGAUUGCGUCUGCCGCCCGUCAUUGAAGAGGUCUUGGAUCCUGCAGACGAUGUGUGUGACUUGAAAGCGGAGCGGCCUGGCAUAGGCAGCGAAAUGACGGCCAAAGAGCGAGGCUCGCUUGAGGACAAGGAGGAGAGAGACCAAGAGGAGCUGGAGGCCGGAAACGGAGAGAAGGGACAGGAGGAUGAGCGGGAGAAGAAGGAGGUGAAGGAGGAGACGCCGGAGGAGGAGAAGGAGGGCCACAGAGAGGAGCAAAGAGGACUGGAGGACGAAGAUGAACUGGAGGUGCUGCGGUCGCAGGUGGUGCAGCUGCUCCUGGAGCUGGAUGAGACCAGAGAGGUGUCGCAACGGCACGAGGAGAGCUACAACGAGCUUCAGGGUCUGUUGGAGGAAGAACGUCUGGCAAGUGCCCACCAGGCCGAGAGCUUUACGAGACAGAUCCAGAGACUUCAAGCCCAGCUGCGUUCGGUGCAAGAAGAGCUGGACAGCCUUGAGGAGGAGAAGGCCAGCGAGCUGUGGGAGGCACAGGAGGAGCUGCGUGUGGCACAGGAGGAGGUGCAGGAGCUGCAGCAGGCGGCAGAGGAGGCGGCAGCCGAGCGAGAAAAUGACAUCGCCCUGCUGCAGGAGGAGCUGUGUCGUCUGCGCGCCGAACUGGAGCGUCUGCGUGGCACCACGCAAGAGUACGAGCUGGAGCUCACCACAUUACGGGCCGAGAUCAGCAUGAAGAACCAGCGCAGGGAAGAACAGGAGAAAGCAGGAGGAGAAGGUGACAUGGACCAGCUGAUGGAGGAGUGUCGCUCCUUGAAGGGCGAGUGUCAGACCCUGAAGAACGACAACAAGCAGCUUUCUGAGAAACUGGAGAUGCUGGAGCAGCAGCGAGCCAGCUCAGCUGAUUCAUGCCUGGCCCUGAAAGCAGAGCAGAGUGAUGGAGAAAAUGACACUGAAAAAGAUGUAGAGAAAGAGGUGACGGCCGAGUGUUUCGUCAACACGUUGGAAGCAGGUGGGAAAUGGGUGGACGCUUAUACCCAAAAGAACAUCUCGUUUGAGGGGAAACCCGUCACCCCGACGGGCAUGAGUGGAGGGUUUUCAGAGGUGUUCGCUCUCAGAGACCAGGUGAAACAGGCAGAGGAGAAAGCAUCACAGGUCCAGAGAGAGUGUGAAGGACUGAAAGGAGAGCUUAUUGAACUGCAGGGGCUGUAUGAAAGCAGCCAGAGGGAGAGGGCGGAGCUAGAGGCGGAGCUGCAGCGCUGUAGGGCGGAGCUUGAUCGGCUGGCUGGGAGGAAGGCUCAGAGCUCCACUCCUUCGUCUGAGUGCCCUAUUCUCUCCAUACCCUUCAUAGGAAUGGUUGUAAUAAUGGGCCUGAUAUGGUGCUGCUGGAAGGAGCUCUUGUCCUAAAGGGGGAAAGGAGAGUGAGGGAGACUGGAACCUGGUGAUGGUUGUUGCGGUGGCAGCAGCAGCAGUUCUUCUCAUUCCCAGUAUUACCAGAGCUCUGGCCUGAGCGCUGGACAGGAAGUGACCUCAUCAUCCCACUCUGCCCACGGUACACAAUUCUACCACCCCAACCACACUUAACCACCAAUGGGAACCGAAACCAUCACUCGCCUGGGACAUAACAGGAACACAAAAACACAUGGCUUCCAAACGUGACGCUUUUCGGUGUGCAUUGUGAUGCUGGUUGUUUGCCGUCUCAACUGCUUUGCCCUGCUUUUGUAGACAAUCAUAUCCGUCUUGACCAGCAAUGCUACAGACACUGACGCUAUGCUGUGGAUAUUUAGGACGACUCCCGAGAGCUUUUGAUUGGUCUGGCUCCCCGCUUUCCAUUUCAUCUGUUGUGUUUUCUUUCCCAAAACUAUUUGCCUUAUCAUUUUUCAAUAGAACAUUUGCACAUUUUACCUCUGUGAACAGAUUCCCGAUCUCUUGGGGCCCGAAGAGGACGCCGUUCUCCAUCAACAACGCUUUUGGAUGCAGCAUAUUGCUUUGUGCUUCAUUGCUUUUCGAUUAGGUAGGAGCAUGCAGUACUUAUUUAAUCUUCCUGGAUCUUCCCAUUUUUAAUAAUUACGUACCGAAGUUUCAACACAGUAUCAGAAUAGUUUGUGUUUAGGUUCACUUCUUUCAUAGUCGACAAUGGCAUGUCGAAAACUCUGUAUGUAACUGUACAGUACUUCUCUAUAUGCUAGCAAAGGAGAAUACUCAUGUAAUACAUUUUAUCAUGUGAAAAAAUCCAGAGUUUGAAGAUCCCAGGUGGGUUAAGCUUAUUCCAGCAGGUGAACGUGCUUAUUUUAAACUUACACAGAUAUUUUUGUAUCUGAAUUGUUUAUUCCAAGAUUGAUUUUGUGCGUGUAGAUUGAUAAAUGAUGCUAAAGAGUGAUAGAUAUUUUUAUACAAGGGUUGACUAAUGUAUACACUAAAAGAACACUAAAAAGCUCUGAAAUGAGUGUAAUGAACAAGCACAUAUCUACUGUAAUUCCACAAUGCAUUGAUGAUUGCAUCUGAGGUUAUUUGCUGUUUUUUUUUUUUUGCAUGUUUGCAAAGACAAAUGAUUUACAGUAGAAGUCAAAAGUUUACAUACACCUUGCAGAAUCUGCAAAAUGUUAAUUAUUUUACCAAAAUAAGAGGGAUCAUACAAAAUGCAUUUUUUUUUUAAUUAGUACUGACCCGAAUAAGAUAUUUCACAUAAAAGACUUUUACAUAUAGUCCACAAGCGAAAAUAAUAGCUGAAUUUAUAAAAAUGCUCCCUUUCAAAAGGUUACACACACUUGAUUCUUAAUACUGUGUUGUUACCUGAAUGAUCCACAGCUGUUUUUUUUUGUUUAGUGAUAGUUGUUCAUGAGUCCCUAAUUUGUCCUGAACGGUUAAACUGUCUGAUGUUCUGCAGAAUUCUUUGUUUUUUCAGCAUUUUUGUGUAUUUGAACCCUUUCCAACAAUGACUGUAUGAUUUAGAGAUCCAUCUUUUGAGUACAACUGAGGGACUCAUAUGCAACUAUUACAGAAGGUUCAAAUGCUCACUGAUGCUUCAGAAGGAAACACAGUGCAUUAAAGGCCGGGUGGGUGAAAACUUUUGAAAUUUGAAGAUCAGGGUAAAUUUAACUUAAUUUUGUCUUCUGGUAAACGUGUAAGUAUCUUCUGUAGAUUCUGAAGGACAAUACAAAAUGACAAAAAUAUGAUAUUUAGGCAAAAUAAGAAAAAAUGUACACAUCUUCAGUCUGUUCAAAAGUUUUCACCUUAAUGCUCUUAAUGCAUCGUUUUUCAUCUGGAGCAUCAGUGCGCGUUUGAACCUUCUGUAAUAGUUGCAUUUGAGUCCCUCAGUUGUCCUCAGUGUGAAAAGAUGGAUCUCAAAAUAAUACAGUCAUUGUCAGAAAGGGUUAAAAUACACAAAAGUGCUGAAAAACCAAAGAAUUUGUGGAACCUGAAGGAUUUUUCUGAAGAACAGCAGGCAGUUUAACCGUUCAGGACAAGCAAGGAACUCAUGAACAACUCUGACUAAACAAAUAAACACAGCUGUGGAUCAUUCCGGUAACAGCACAGUAUUUAGAAUCAAGUGUAUGAAUACUUUUGAACAGGGACAUUUUUAUUAAUUGAACUAUUAAUUUAUCUUGUGGACUAUAUGUAAAUGUAUUUUAUGUAUAUCUUAUUCAGGUCAGUACUAAAUAAAAAAUAACAUGCAUUUUGUAUGAUCCCUCUUAUUUUGGUAAAAUAAAGAACAUUUUGCAGAUUAUGCAUGGUGUAUGUAAACUUUUGACUUCAACUGUAUAUGUCUAUUCAAUCUCUUCUCUCCAAGGAAACAAACAGUGUUGGAAAGGUUUUACAGAAAGUACAAAAACAGUGGUUUUCAACUGGUAUCAGGACCCAAAAAUACGUUUCAGGUCUUUUUUUCAGGAGAAACAAUCCUAAAACGCUGUAGCGGAAUUAAAAAGCUUAUAAAAAUGCAAAACAAGACCUGAAAUGCUUUCCCAAAUCACAUCAUGCAUAUUGUUGGGCCUAUGCAGUUUUUAAUAUAUAUACAGUAUAACAUUUUUUUAGUAGUGUUUGGUUGCCACUUAAUGUGUAAUUGUGCAAUAUAAAACCAGUUGAGAACUACUGUCAUAAACCAUUACAGAAAACCAUAACAAAGAUGUUUCUUACAAUGCAAUUCAAAUCUGUAGCAUAAAUAAACAGCAUGAAUUGAUUAUCUAGCUAAUAAAGAGUGCUAGAAGCAUAAACUUCCAUACUGCCUUUCACCAAAAAAAGUUAAAUGAUGUAUAUUUCACUUUAAAACUGAGAAACAUGUACUUAUAUGUAGCUUUUUACAUCAGAGGUAACAAUUUUAAGGUGUUUGUGUGUGUAGGGAUUAUUACAGACGUACCUUCCUGUAUGAAGAUGAAUAAUACCAACUCAUGAUUCUGCUAAAUGAAUGCUUUGAGCCUUGAGGUACUAUUUAUUAUAAACAGAAUCCAUUACUUUGUACUUACAGUAUCUAUUGCUAUAUAAUCGUUUCUGGUAUACACACACAAGUUGUCUUCACCUUAUGUCUUUUGGUGUCAUUUCCAACAAACAGCACAAAGUAGACUUCUUAUCAAAGUGACUAAAUCAUAGUAGACAUAUGUGCUCGUAGACGGCUGACUAGCGUUGUGGCAGUGAUCUUUGUAGUGUGAAUUUAAGACCUGGCCUUAGUCUCAGUGUUUGGGAAUAUCCGCAGUAUCCCAAGGUCGUUCCAGUGCCGUUUUCUGCAGAACUCUGUGGUAGCACAACUGAAUGUUCAAUGUGUGACGUUCUAUAAGACAGUGCAUGCUACACAGUGAUUUGUCUUUGAAAUAAACAUGCUAUUUGUCCUGCACUGCAUUGCAGGUUUGUUACUUUGAUGGAAUAUGAAGGAGCAAAUUUAUUUUACUCUUCCACUCGGCACUUGUAAAUGAUGUAAUAUGUACAGAUUGUGUUUUUGCAUGUCUGUGGAAGUAGAUUCUGCAUGCUGAGUGAUAGAAACCAGUGGUAGCUUUUAGCUCCUGUGACCAUUUCGUACGAGUAGACUUCGCAUGAUUUGUCCAAAUUUAAAUUUGACAAGUUUUUAAACUUUUUGCAUUUGUUGUGUGUUGAGGAUUGAAUACUAAUGUUGUUUAUGUUCCCUUUUUUAAUUUUAGAUGACACUGUUAUAAUCUGAAAUGGUCCAGAAUAUUUCCAAAUACGCAUUUAGAGUAAAUAGCAACUUUUGGAAAGCUUAGGCUUUCUCCAAAUGGACCUUAUUAUCAACUAUUAUAUAAAUUAUAUAAAUGAUUCACUUUAUCAAUAAAUUUUGAAUGUCAUGUUGUCUUUAAUUUUAAAGGAAUAGUUCAUUUAAAAAAACGCAAUCAACAUCAGGGCUCAGGCCAUCCAAGAUGGCAAAAUUUAGCACUCACUUGCUCACCAGUCGAUACUAUGCAGUGAAUGGGUGCCGUCAGAAUGAGAGUCCAAACAGCUGAUGAAAACAUGACAAUAAUCCACAAGUGUGACUGUAGUGAAGUGAAAAGCGGCGUGUUUGUAAGAAACAAAUGCAUCAUUAAGGCAUUUUAACGUUAAACUGUCACUUUUGACAGUUUUUUAAUUCAUUAUCAAGCUUCCUCCAGUGAAAACGUCCAACUUCUGUUGUCCUCUCACAUCAAAAUCCAACAACAUAUUUGUUUCAAACUGUUUUUUGCUUGUAAACAGUGCUUUAUCUGCAUAUUUCUCUCCUGAUUUCGACUACUUUUUCACUGGAAAAAGCAAUAUUAUAGAGAAUAGAGGACUCGCAUUUUAGCCUUAAGCAAUGGUUUGAUGUUAAAAAUGCCUUAAUGCUGGAUUUAUUUUUUACAAACAUGCAGCUUUUCACUUUACAAGAUGUUAUAUGAUAAACUGGAUUUGUGUGGAUUACUGUUUGGGCUCUCAUUCUGACGGCACCCAUUCACUGCAAAGGAUCCGUUUUUGGGUGAACUGUUUCUUUAAGUCCAUUCUCUGCAUUUCCACUCCAGUCCAGUUCUCUUUUCUGUUCUGUUCUUCUUGUAAUUAAAGUCUUUUGGUUUUCGAGAGAAUCACACAUUGUACAGCCUAACAAAAUGAUGAGAAAUCCAUUUGUAAACGGCGCUUUCCUGAAUGUUGGAGGGUGGUAGAUGUAGGAGAUGUCGGUGUGUGGCGUUGUGGCGAUGCUGCUGCGUGUCUGUGUGUGUUUAUGUAAUUGUUCUGUACAGUGUCUUUGACAUGUUUACAUGUUGUCUCGCCUUAACAGGCAUUUAUUUAAAAAGAAUAAUGAAAUCUGAAGUAUUUUGGUAACCAUGUAUAUUUUGUAAAUGAACAGGAACUAAUAAAGUAGUUUAUCCAGAGCAUCGUGAUUUAA